GUCAGGAACAAUCAAUCCCUUAUUAGAUAACUCAACGAAACAAGCACUUUUUUUCUUUUCUCUUUUUUUGGGGUUGACAAAAUCUUUGAAACUGAGAGAAUGUGGUGUGCAUGUUAUCAUCAGCCAUUACCAGCCAGCUCCUUCGUCUUGAAUCGGCAAGAAGAGAGUCUGAGAAGAAAACAAGUGUUCUCCGUUUUCUUAUCCUCAUCUCCUAUAAGCUUAAGUAACCAUCAAUGGCAAAUCAGUAAUUAUCCCCAGACUGGGAUUAGUAGACUAAAGAGACCAAACGCGAGUGUUUUGCCUCCUUCUGAGUCUGGUGAUAUCAGUACCUUCCUCCUAGUAAGUGGAGCAAUGAUCUCUAUGUAUUUGGUAACAAAUUUUCUGGUUCCAUCGUUACUCUUCAAGUCGCUCCAAGGUGAAGAAGAGGAGGAAGACUCCGAUUAAACGUAACUAUACAUUUGAGUACUAGUGAUUUUAAGUUUUACUCCCUUUUUAUUUGUCCAUUGAAGUUUAUAUCUCUUUAAGUGCAUCGAUCAUCAUAUGCUAAGUUAUUGAUAUAAGCUCCUAUAUCAGAUUUCGUAUCAUUCAACUAUUUAUACGUAACUUUCAAAUCAUUACAAUGAUUUCUAAGCUUCAUAUCUUUUUAUGGAAGGACGAAUAUAUUUGUUUUGUAUUGAGGUA